AUGAAAUUUGUAUAUACAUUCAUUCUAUACCUAGCUGUAGUGCAAUGUAGUAAUUCUUUUACAUUUCAAAUAAAUUCUGGAGAUUUAAGUAGAACAACUUUGGAAUUCUUUGCUAAUCACCCAGUUUAUUAAUUGAGUCUCAGAUGCGAUGUAAUUAAUAAUUUACAAUACUAAGGGCUACUAAUCUGACCUUUGGUUAGCAUACAACUACACUAAUUUGGUUGUAACUCCAUCACAAAGAUAACAGUAUAAAUGUUCUGAUAAGAACUUCACUAUUACUUUAUCGAAUGAUUUUACAGAUGAAUAUGCUACUAUCUAAGUCAACAAUUACAACAACUCUAUGAGAAUUCAAAGUUAUGAUUUCUUAACUAAUACCUAAUCUUCAUAUAAGACUGCUUUGACUGUUAAUAAAGCAACCACUUAAGGCCUCUACUACACUUUGAAUGACUUCAGUUUGUAGGUAUCUUAUCCAUCUACUGUGUAUGUUGAAAUUCUGAAAUGCCCAACUUCUAGAUCCAAAAUUGAAGCUAAGACAUAUGAUUAGUUUGGGCUAUAUAGAAAUUUAUCAGGAACUAACAACAAUAAAUUCUUCUAUGAUGUUUUUAAUACAACCAACGGAAGUUUUUACUAUAGAUUAGAAUAAAUGAAUUACGAAUCCCCUGAUGUUUUUAUUAAAGUAAAUAAUUAAUCUACAAAAUUAGUACCAAAGAGCAUAAUUAUAGGAUUUAAAGGAAAUAAAUACUUAUAUUACAAAUUACUAUCUAACACCUUCUGCUGAAGUAAAAGGGGAUAAAAUAUUUAUCAGGUUUCCAGCUUUUUAAGUCUAGAAUUAUGAAUAAAUUGAACUUCGUGUAACAGUUGGUUAUGAUGGUUCAGAGUAAAGGGAGAUAAUUUGUGCUUAUGGAGAUACUGAUAUUUGGAGGCAAUACAAUUCCUAUUAUACAAGCACAUACAAUGUAUCAUAUAGCACGUAUGGAAUCAAUGAAUUGGUUACAGAUUUUCCAGGCUACACGUAAGGAAAGUACAAUAUUCGAACGACUGCUAUAAUCAAUUUUGGAACCAUUAAAUAAACUAUUCCAUUGCAAACCAUUUCAGUUUAUAGAAAUUUAUAUGCACCAGCUGGAUCAUUAUUGGUUCAUAUUUUGGCUCCAAUAAUAAUUUCUGUCUUAGCUUUGUUUGGAUUGAUCGUCGGAGGUUGUAAAUAUAAGAAGAAGAAGGAUCUGUAUUUAUAAGAAUAAUAAUUGGCAUAAUUGCAACAGCAACAUUAAAUACAGAAUCCUUAUAUAGGUAUCUAAUGAAGACAUAUUUGAG